AUGAAUAUUCCUACCGCGCCCCCUGAAGUGCCGGUAGUAGAGCCUGUGGCAAAAAGGCAUGUAGAAGAGAUCCCCACUGCAAUCCCGAUAGUUAUCGGUCCAGAGCCUCCAUCUAAAGAGAUUCCAACUUCGCACUUUGAUGAAGAAAAUGCAAGGCGCCUCGCCAAGAUCAAAGAACGUCUUUGCAUGCUGCAAGGCUAUCAGUUACAGGGGUUUGAUAAACUGUCACCCUUUGCCAAAAUUACGGUCCUUAUAAGGAGCCGGAGUUCACAAGGAAAUACGACGGCAUCGGAUGACAGCCUAGUUGGUUCUGCGUUAACCUGGUUCAUAGAGUUGGACAUGAAGAAAAUCCGUACUUGGGAAGAUCUCGUUGAUGAAUUCCUUCAGCAAUACAAAUUCAAUACUGAAAUUGCUCCGACUCAAGAAGAAUUAGUUCAGGUCGAGAAAAGAAGAACUGAAUCAUUUAGGGCCUACGCUCAAAGAUGGAGGGUCAUUGUGUCUCAAGUGAAACCGCCAUUGUCUGAGAAAGAGACCAUGAAGUUGCUACUUCAAGCUAUGCCCCGUGAUUUUUUCGAAAAAAUGUACAACCAUACUUGCAUGAACUUUGCUACAUUUGUAGAGUUGGGAGAACGCAUCGAGGGGAUUAUGCGGGAAGGAAGGUUGACGGAGAACAUAAACCGUCGAUAUACCCCAAAGAGAGAUAAGGAAUCGGCUGUGGAGAUCGCCUACAUACAGAAUUCCUUUUCUCAGAAGCCAUACACAACCUUCAAGCUCAUAAACCUGCCAUGGAAGUAA